ACUAGUGCCUGGCCCACGACAGGCGGCCAGCGCGGAGGAAGAGGCGGCGGCAGUGCCAGGGUGGACCAGCACAGGGUGGCCACGAUGUUUGACAGCUCGCAGUACCCCUAUAACUGCUUCAAUGACGACACCGACGACUACCCUGCCGGCAGCUCCGACGAGGAAAAACGGCUUACAAGGCCAGCGUACAGCUACAUCGCGCUGAUUGCCAUGGCCAUUCAGCAGAGCCCCGCGGGCCGUGUGACCCUGUCCGGCAUCUACGACUUCAUCAUGCGCAAGUUCCCCUACUACCGCGCCAACCAGCGCGCCUGGCAGAACUCCAUCCGCCACAACCUGUCGCUCAACAGCUGCUUCGUCAAGGUGCCACGGACCGAGGGCCACGAUAAGGGUAAAGGCAACUACUGGACGUUCGCGGGCGGCUGCGAGUCCCUCUUGGACCUUUUCGAGAAUGGCAACUUCCGGCGGCGGCGGAGGAGACGCGGCCCCAAGCGCGAGGGGCCCCCGGGUCCCCUCGAGCCAGCAGUGCGUGGGUCAACGGGCUCUGAUAGCGCGCGAGUUCCAGACCGGGAGGCCCGGGUCAGCCCUGCCACACACAGAGACAUCAAAUUCAGCAUUGACUACAUCCUCUCUUCCCCGGACCCUUUCCCUGCGCUCAGGUCGCCCUGUCACUCCCAGGAAGCCAGGUAUCUGGAGGCGCUGGAGCCCCAGCAAAUGAGCUUUCAUUUUUGGGCAGCAUGAGGUGGCCCUGGAGCUUUGCAGUCAGUUGAGGACUUGGGCCUGCUCCCUCCCCUAAAGGCAGGACUUGAACCAGGCAUCUUGAAUCAAGAACCCUGGACGGGUCCACAUCUACAUACUUCUUCCCAGGCUGCCCCAGGGGAACUCAGCUCUCCAUUUGGAGGAAAGAUCUGGAGAUCUUCUUAUAAAAGGUAUUUAUGGUGAUGUUGUGACUUUAUAAAGAAUGAGAACAGUUCUCUCACAGGAAAACCUGGCUCAGAUUU